GCAGGGGCAAGAUUAGAAUAGCAGGCAGGAUUUGUCAGAGAUAGUGGAACUUAAACUAGCAUUUAAACACACCCAUCUGGCAAAGCGAAACGGAGGUCAGUGUGCAACAGCUCUGUUGGUGCUAGCUCUCAUAUUCAGCUUUGAGUGGACUAUCCGAGGAGAAAAUGGGAAAUGUUUCAGAGAGACCAGCAGAAGAGGAAACAGGAAAAAUGGGUUAUGGAAACAUCAUGAGGCUUGAAACUACUGGAGCUUCAUGGGAAACAGCUCAGCAGGACAGUCUGGCAUACUCAGGUGAGAGGGCAUCACACACCAUGGCAAAGACUGAUGCGGGCAGAAUGGAAAAGUACAGGUCUAAAAUCAACAGUGUGGGAGCUAAAUAUGGAAUCGAUCCAGCUCUAAUCGCUGCCAUCAUCUCCAGAGAGUCCAGGGCCGGAAAUGCCCUACAUGAUGGCUGGGGAGACUAUGACUCAAAGAGAGGAGCGUAUAACGGCUGGGGACUGAUGCAGGUUGAUGUUAAUCCAAACGGAGGUGGACACACUGCACAGGGCGCAUGGGACAGUGAGGAACACCUCCGCCAAGGCACCGAGAUCUUGGUUCAUUUUAUCAAUCGGAUCCGCAACAAAUUUCCUGGCUGGAGCACGGAGCAGCAGCUGAAAGGAGGGAUAGCAGCCUACAAUAUGGGGGAUGGAAACGUCCAUUCCUAUGAAAACGUGGAUGAGAACACAACAGGUAAAGACUACUCCAAUGACGUCGUUGCCAGAGCUCAGUGGUACAAAAACAACGAAGGCUUUUAACAGCUGAAGCUGUCCACGACAAAAUUCUCUGAAAAAUCUGCAAAUCAUGAAGGAAACACUAUGUAAUGUGUGCUAAAUAAACAUAAUGCAAAGCAAA